CGAACUCAGGUCCUUGCACUUGUGCAGCAGGCGGCGAAACCACUGAGCUAAAUCUCCGGCCCCUCAACAAUUUUUUUUAAUCACCUAUAAACAGUUAGCUCGGUCUUCAGUAUGCCUCUUUAAACAAAACAUCAUUUUACAUACAGAUGCCACUAAUAUGAUGAAGAAACUGAGGUGUAGGAAACUGAGGAAUCCAAUCCAAAUGUUCUAAUCUAUGGCCCACUUUCCCUAUAAGCUGGGUUUGUCAAGUCGCCCAUGUCAGAAACUAAGCUCACGGGGGACGCCUUUGAGCUGUACUGUGACGUGGUCGGGAGCCCCACGCCAGAGAUCCAGUGGUGGUACGCAGAAGUCAACCGGGCAGAGUCUUUCAGACAGCUGUGGGACGGUGCUCGGAAGCGCCGUGUCACCGUAAACACCGCCUACGGGUCAAACGGCGUGAGUGUGCUGAGAAUAACCCGGCUCACCUUGGAGGACUCUGGGACUUACGAGUGCAGGGCCAGCAACGACCCCAAGAGGAAUGACUUGAGGCAAAACCCUUCUAUAACAUGGAUUCGAGCCCAGGCCACCAUAAGCGUCCUUCAGAAACCAAGGAUUGUCACCAGUGAAGAGGUCAUUAUAAAAGAAAGCCCUGGCCCCGUCACCCUGCAGUGUAACCUCACCUCCAGCUCUCACACCCUUACAUUCAGCUACUGGACAAAGAAUGGGGUAGAACUGACUGCCACUCGUAAGAAUGCCAGCAACAUGGAAUACAGGAUCAAUAAGCCAAGAGCUGAGGAUUCAGGCGAAUACCACUGUGUAUAUCAUUUUGUCAGCGCGCCUAAAGCAAAUGCCACCAUUGAAGUGAAAGCUGCUCCUGAUAUCACUGGCCAUAAACGGAGUGAGAACAAGAAUGAAGGGCAGGAUGCCAUGAUGUACUGCAAGUCAGUUGGCUACCCUCACCCAGAGUGGAUAUGGCGCAAGAAGGAGAAUGGUAUGCUCGUGGACAUUGUCAAUUCCUCUGGUCGCUUCUUCAUUAUCAACAAGGAGAAUUACACUGAGCUGAGUAUUACGAAUCUCCAGAUCACAGAGGACCCUGGCGAGUAUGAAUGUAAUGCGACCAACCCUAUUGGCACUGCCUCUGUUGUCACGGUCCUCAGGGUACGGAGCCACCUGGCCCCUCUCUGGCCUUUCUUGGGAAUUCUGGCUGAAAUCAUAAUCCUUGUGGUGAUCAUUGUUGUGUAUGAGAAGAGGAAGAGGCCAGAUGAGGUUCCUGACGAUGAUGAACCAGCUGGGCCAAUGAAAACCAACUCUACCAACAAUCACAAAGAUAAAAACUUGCGCCAGAGAAACACAAAUUAAGUACUGCUUACACUAUCUUUAGGUUCCUGAAACUGGUGGCAUCAUGACCUGCUCGACUUUCUGCUUGGACCUCUUUGGUCUCUCUCCUUCAAGUGAGCAACACCACAAUGACCGUCUAAAGCAUGCCUUAUUUAGCCUCUCCUGUAAGGGUGACCUAGCCAGGUACAUUCUAAACAAUGCUUCAGUGUAGAAGGUGUGAACUACUUUGGGCUUGAUGUGCUGUGAAUGUUGCUUUCUUUCCUUUGUUAAAAUAUUUAAAUAGAAGUGAAAAGGUCCUCAGAGGAUCAGAUCAUGCAUGCACCAUUUUUUACUUAAUGCAGCUGUUAAAUUGGCAAAGCUCUAAAGUGCACUGCUGCCAUCCAGUGGUACAUUUUUGUAAAGUACAGCAAACC